AUGAUUCUUGGUGUUGAUAUGUUUGCCAAUACAGGAUUCCGCCUAUCAGUUAGAGCAUUCUUGGAUGGUACUCCUUAUACCACAAGUCGGGAUGUUUAUUUGAUGUUGGGUGGAUUGAUUGCGCUAUUUAUUGCUGGAUCAUUGAUACAAUAUAAAUUUCAUAGAAAUCAUCAUUUUGGACCUUCACAUCCUAAAGGAUAUGAUAAAUCUGUCGAGAGUGGUAAUGGUAGCGAUCAUGCUCCAGUUACAGAGAAAAAGAAAGAAAAUAAUCUUGAUCUCCUUGGUGUAAUAUUCAAGCCCAAACUUGGAGAAGAUGAAAUUUUCAUAAAGGAAUUGAAACAAAUAGGCCGAAUUACACCACCAUCACCAACCAAGUUUUUUGCAGACUGCUGGAUGACACCAGCAACCAAAAAAUAUCGUUUCUAG